GCGGGCGAAUUGACGACAUGAUCUGCCCGAAAUCCGGAGGGAAAAAAGACAAGCAGGAGCACGACGACUGACUGACCACACCAGUCUCGGUCUCACUGCACCCACCCAUCGAGCCAUCGUGUCAUUUGUCAUUCCGUCUGCUGCGACAGCUCGACCGACAUUUCGUUCUUCACUCCCGCGUCCCUCGUCCAACAUCGUCUUCCUCCCCCAAACAUGAACUUUGAUGGAUGAUACCCACCCCAUGGAUACACACAACACCUUUACAUACUCUUGUUAAUUGACAUUAUUGCGCUUGUUAGCAUAAUUUAGUCUUCCGUAUAUACUGGCUUAUUCUAGCUCUUCAGCACACAUACCUUCCUGGUGUUUUGCCUUCUUUUUUUUUUUUUUUUUUGCUUUCUUUCCUUUCCGCCUACUCCGUAAUCGCCACCGCGCUCGCCCUUGCUCCUUCUCUCGACAUCACAUUGUCCGACGAUCCCAGUCAGUCCCGCUGCCGCUAUACGUUUACGUCCGACGAAGCCGACCCCAAGGAAGCAACUUGGAAACAAGGUCUGCGACAACCGCAUGACCUGCUAUGGCCACCUUAGUCUCUGAUUUGCUUCGAGGAGCACAACGACAAGUUCGACGAUUUUCCUCCGGGUUUGCCGCUGAAGAGCCCGAUAUAUCCACGCCGUCUUCCACUUCGCAACACCAGAGAACGAGAUCUGAUGGGGCUGCGCUGCCCGAAUCGGUGUUCGAGGACGGAGACGAGAACUAUAGGCGAAGUCUGGAUGGGAUUGUUGUUGGCAGAACCGUAGCGCAGCCGGUGGCUGUUGUAACAACAACAACAACCACACCAACCAACGUCGCAUCAAGUUCGCAUUCGAGGUUAGGGGAAGCCGCCGAUGUCGCAACUGCCACUCCAGAAGCAGGGCACACAGGACAAGUUCCAGUUCCGCCAACAUCCGCAGCGGCAUACGAAUCGACGCCGCCGGCGCGACCGUCGUUAACUUCACCAAUCUCUGCGCCGGCGCCAGAAUGGACUGCGCAAGCAGCACAACAGAGCCUCCUCACGCUUCCCCGUAUCCCCUCCCAGGUGGACUCCGACGCUCGAUCCCAGACCGGAGAGUUACCAGAAGAUGACGGCAAGAGCGCAUUGAGGAAGAGGAUACAGGCGAUUCAAAAUCAGGCCGACAUCUCGCAGGCCCUCAAGGCGCAGCUGAUACAUCAAGUCAUGACGGAGGAGUACUAUCAACAGUCUCCACAUGCGCAUGAUGGUACUAUGGGCAUGCGCCCAGAAUCGCCCAGCGGUCGGAGCGUGCGUAGUGUGCACAGCGUCAAGAGCGCUCGUAGCGCGCAGAGCCAUAGCCGCGAUCGAUCAUCGAACCGGGAUCGUGAUUCCUUUGGCCCGUUGCAAACGGCCUUGAAGUUCUGGAAUCCUCUCGCGGGCGAAAGCGGAUUCAGUGACGAGGAUACCCUGAACAUCCACGUUACAGAGGAGGAUCUGAAGCCGACCUAUGCCCCCAAAACCGUCCCGAAACGCGACGAAUACGGGGUGCGAGAACUCGACGUCAGUCUCGCAUACGCGAUUGCGCAGGGGAUACAACCCGAGGAAGAAACAGAGGAUCUGGACGAGCACGGUCAGCCCGUUCUCAGACUCGGUUGCAAACACUACCGGCGCAAUGUGAAGCUGCAAUGCGCCGCCUGUGAUCGGUGGUAUACGUGCCGGCUCUGUCACGAUGAGGUGGAAGAUCACACCUUGCCGCGGCGGGAUACACGUCACAUGCUGUGCAUGUUGUGCGGUCGAACCCAAAAGGCCUCGCAGACUUGUGUUGGUUGUAACCAGUCAGCGGCCUCUUACUAUUGUAAUAUUUGCAAAUUGUGGAAUGACGAUCGGAACAAACCAAUCUAUCACUGCAACGAUUGUGGGCUCUGCCGAGUUGGGUUGGGCUUGGGCAAAGACUUUUUCCAUUGCAAGAAAUGCUCAGCAUGCGUCUCCACGCGCGACGAGCACCGAUGUAUCGAACGGUCAACCGACUGCGACUGUCCCAUCUGCGGCGAUUACCUGUUUAACUCUCCGCGACCGGUUGCGAUCAUGAAAUGUGGCCAUACCAUCCAUAAACACUGUUUCAGCGCGCACCGGGAAAGAUCGUACAGAUGUCCGGUCUGCAACAAGAGCUGCGUCAACAUGGAGAUCCAGUUUCGUAACCUUGACAUCGCCAUCGCCACCCAGCCCAUGCCCGACGAGUACCAGGAUGCCCGGGCCGUCAUCUCGUGCAACGACUGCAGUGCAAAAAGCCAGACAAGGUACCACUGGUUGGGACUGAAGUGUUCAGUCUGUCACUCGUAUAAUACGGUUGAACAUAAGCUGCUCCAUAUGCCUGGCGUGGAUGGCGAUCAGGCUGAGGAAGAACCAAGGGCUGUCACUGGGUCGAGUGAUGCCAACAACGGAGCGCAGGGUGUGAGCAUGCUGCCAGUUGCCCUUGACAACGCGGCAACAGCCGGCGAUAGACGACUAUCGGCUGCUCGAGGACUGGAUCCUCAAUAUCCCGACACAAACGGACAACAAAACAGAAGUAUCUUCCACUCCGACCCGAUCUCACCACCACGGCGUUCAGCCCUAGCAGGUCUAUUCGCCAACCGAAACCGACAAUCUCCAUCCUCUUCCUCCGCCGACCAACCACAUCCGUCCACCUCCAACCUCCCCACCACCCCAUCACCAUCUACCUACUUCCCUCGCCCCUCCUCCUUCGCUCCUUCCUCUCCUGCUGCCACAGCCGCCGCCGUCCUCGCUUCCGCCGCCGCCUUGGUAGGGUUCGGCGGUUACUCAGCAUCUGCUCCUUCUGGCGCAGCAAAUAACACCUUGAUAUCAGAUCGCGCCAUCCCCGGGAUGACAACGACAAGGACGACGAGGAGGAGAACAAGAGGCAGGUCAAUAAAUGAAGCAGCUGGACCUGGGGUGACAACGAGCGCAGAUUACAAUUCUGACGAUUACACCGAUGACGAUGAGGAAAGUCGGUGGGGAGAGGACAUGGUGACGCUAGAAGACGUGCUGGGUUUCUUGGGACGCUCGCCGAGAAGGUUAGUGCCAGUUCCUCAGGAUGGGCACACCUCUAUUAGGGACCUAAUAGAUGAGGACGAUGAGGAUGAUGAGAGUGGGGAAGAAGAGAGCGAGGAAGAGAAUUAUGAUGAUGAUGACGACGAUGACAUUGAAGAAAUUGGGGAUGGAGGGUUUGAAUUGGACUUGAUUGGUCAUAGAUGAUAAUUUGGAUGAGGAAUGGAAAAUCAAGAGGAUAGGCGGAAAGGAAAGUCGUCACGGGCAGGGAUUAUGAAGGGAUGACAAAGGCAUUUAACGCAGAAAGCAGGGAGGCAUGGAAAGAGCAGGAAAAAGCAGGGAUAGAGAAUAUCUCUUUUAUGAUAUACCUUAUACAGUAUAUUUUGUGGUCUUCACCGUCUUUAUUUUUCGAGACGCUGUACCAAGGCAACUUUCAGUGGGCAUGAGCAUGAGACUGGAGUUCGGUUCGGCUGGAUGGGUAGGGGAAACUAAAACAACUAGAAUAGGGAUAUCAAUUACUUUCUCUAACACCAUGUAGCUUCGGCUCCC